GUUUAUUGCCCAUCCUCCACCCUUUGGCCUGGGAAAGGCGGGACGGCAUUUCUGUUAUCACUUACCAAGGUGUGAGCCAAAGGUUCUCGGCACAGAAGGUGAGACUAGGAGCUGCAGAGGGGCUGCACCUCUGGCAACGCUCUCCUGACGCUCAUCACAAAGGAUGAAGAAGCUUCUGGCCCUCGUCCUCAUCCUGGUCCUCUUCCUUGGCUGCUUGGCUUCUUUGCACCAGCCAGGAGGACCCCCAGGGCGAUCAGUGAGAGAAACACUGCAGGAAGAAGACACACCAGCCAAGGGCGGGGAUGCCAGGCCACCCACGGGUGCUGGAGUGGACAUUGGGGGCGAUCUCACACCAACUGUGAGGGUAGAGGCUGAAAACACCCAACCCCCAGCAAGGGAUGAGGAGAGAGUGAGAGGAGAAAGAAAUAACAGCAGCAACUUCACAAGCUCUGCCAGCAGCCCCACUGUGGCCAAGCCUUCUCCUGUCCUCCACGGCUCCAGCACCACAGACCUGCCAUAUCCCCCGGCUAGCGCCUUGGGUCCCCCAAGCCUGGCUGCCAGCCUCAAGGCCUUGGCCACCUCCAGCCCCCAAACCACAGCUAUCCCCACUACCUCUACUGGGACUGUGACACCACCCACCACCUCCACAGCUACACCCAUCACCACUGCUGAGACUGUGACACCAGCCACCACCACGACAGCUACACCCAUCAUCCCUGCUGGGACUGUGACACCACCCACCAUCUCCAUAGCUAUACUCACCACCACUGCUGCGACUGUGACACUAGCCACCUCCACAGCUACAUCUGCCACUGUUGCUGGGACUGUGGCACCAGCCACCACCUCCGUAGUUACACCCACCACCUCUGCUGGGAUUGUGACACUAGUCACUAUCUCCACAGAUACACCCACCACCUCUGCUGGGAUCGUGACACCAGCCACCAUCUCCACAGCUGCACCUACCACCUCUGUUGGGAUUGUGACAUCAGCCACCAUCUCCACAGCUGCACCCACAACUGUUGCUGAAACUGUGACUCCAGCCAUCACCUCCACAACUACAAACAUCACUACCACUGGGAUUGUGACACCCAUCACUACCACAAGCACUACCCCCACCUCAAGUACAGUCACCGCUACCCUCACUGUCACAACUACCCCCACUGUGGUCCCCUUCACUACUGCCAUGACUACUCUUACAAGUAUGCCCUCUUCCACAAUGACACCCAACACUACACUCAUCACCACCUUGGCUACUCCUGAAACUUCACCAACAGCACCUGAUGCUUCACCCCUUACUAACAUAACCACUGCCACUUCAACUACAUUUGACAUCCACACAACUACACUAUCAACAGCUACACCUGUCAUGUCCAAAACCACACUUGACACUUCACCCCUUACUGAUACCACCAUCACUAUGCAUAACACUAUUUUCACUACCACCACCAUAACCAUAGCUACCAGUCCAAAUACCCCAACCACAUCUAUUCCUGAAACUAUACCCAGCACCAACACCUCAGCUACACCCACAACCACACCAACAACUACACCUUAUACUCCACCUCUCACUGACAUAAUCACCAACACGACAACUACAACUGAUGUUACACUUGACACCUCCACUACAGCUACAUGCAACACUACACUUGGCACCAACACUACAAUCUCUACAACUACACCUGACAUUUCACCCCUUACUAAUACUGCCACUCCUACACCUAAUGCUACACUUGCCACCAACACCACAACUACAUCUGAUGUUACACUUGACACCUCCACCCCAUAUACAGCAAACACUACACUUGGCACCAACACAACUACACCGUCUACUACUACCUCCACUACCUCUGCAACAAUACCUGACACUUCACCUCUUACAAAUACCGCCACUCCUACAUCUAAUGCUACACUCACCACCAAUACCACUGUACCCCCCAUCCCAAAUACACCAACCACUGCUACACCUGACACUACAGCCAUCACCGUCAUGUCAGCUAUCUCCAAAACUAUACCAACACCUAUGACCACUGCCACCACUACACCCACUUCCACAACUACCACCACCAGUGCUACACCCCCUACCACCACAAGCACUUCUGGGUCCUCGUCCACCUCCUCCUCAAGCACCAUGACAACAGUGCUCUGCCAGAAUGGCGGCACGCCGAACGGCACCAAGUGCCUGUGCCCAGCGGGCUACUCUGGCCCCCUCUGCGAGUUACUGGACACCAGGUUCUGCCAGAACGGGGGGGUCUGGACCGGGGCAGAGUGCAAAUGCACCCCCUUCUUCCAGGGGGCGAACUGCGAAUUCGUCGAGAGCACCAUCAUGCUCAAAGCUGAGGUGAAUGUGACACUGGAUGUGAAGCUGCAGGUGACCAAUCGUGAGUUCACUGCGGACCUGGCGAAUGCCUCCUCUCCAGCCUGGCGAGGGUUCAGCACCAUGUUCACAGAGCAGAUCAAGCCGGUUUAUAGCCACCUCCUGGGGUUUCGGGAUGUGGAGAUCUUGGAGCUUAUGCACGCUGUGUUUCAAGCCCUCCCCCACGGAGCUGAGCUGCCAGGCGACCGCGUUCAACGGUGCAGCUGUCCGGAGAGCAGCCAAUUCUGGUACCUGGGUACGAGUUGCCAGAUGCAAAUCGACCGGGUCGGCGGCACCGUCAGCCUUGUCAUCGUGGCCUUUAUGUUGCUCAACGUCGCCUUCCUGCUGACCUACAGGGGCUGCCUGCGAUGCCGAGGGAGUGCUGACUGGGAACAAGCAGCCCCACAGCGGGAGGAGGAACCCCAUGCCACGUGCUAGGGAGAGACGACCGACGCCAACCUGAACCCGGGCCAGGCUGCCAGGCACCAGGACUGGGGGGGUGUCCUAGGAAGGUGAUCACUGGCAUGAUGAGGGAUCACUGAUCUCAGGCGGGGCCCAAGGACCUGCCGAGACCAACCUAUGGGAAGCAAAGCCAUUGGCUGCCCACCGGUGCCCCUGCUCACCCGGCUCUGGACAGGGUGCGGGAACCACAGCAUCUCUGUGCCCCAGGGCUUGGAGGGAACUGGCUGGCACCCAGGGACACCCGCCCAAGUCAGGGCAGAGCAGCCGGGUUCCUGCAUUGGCAGGUGAUGCAACUCCAGCCCCACAGCCACAGAGCAGGGCUGCCGAGCCGCAGCAAGUGGCCAGGGACUGGGGGGCUCUGCUGGGACGGAGGACAGAGAGGGACACCCCCAGACUCUGUGCUGAAGCCCAGCACUUCUGGGGCAGGGUUUCUGUGGGCACUAGAAGCAGCUCAGCAGGCCCCUGCAGACGGAGCAUCGCACUGGCAGUGCAGGGAUGGAGGGGCCCUGCUCUGACAGCCCCUCAUGCCAGGUGCCUUGUGGGGGGCGUGGCCAGAUCCAGGGCAAUUCCAAGGGACCUAGCCCCUGUUGUCCCACCGCAGCUCUGGGCAGGUAGAAGUUUCGGGACACCCCGAGCACAGGGCUAUGCCAGAGACCCCCAGGUUACGAGCCAGCAAUAGGGGAGGGCAGGGUGAGGCCAGAGGACUAGGGAUGAGAACAAUUGGUCAACUAGUGGAUAAGCAAAUGCUUAUUGGACAGUCAACUAGUCACUUCCCCCAUUUGCUGCCUCUAUCUGAAAGGGGCAGGGGAGGAGGAGGUUCAAAGCAGCAGUGCU